UGCAAAGGAACAGGAUUUGAGACAGCCCAGGGUUUCCUCUUCUAGCGGGUUUAAAACAUUUUUUUUUUUCUCACUAACUUCCUUCCUGUUCUAACUGCCAGCACUCAGAAGUCACAGUUGAGAGACAGAGGCACCCCGGACAGAGACGCAAGCCACUGAAUAUCAAAAUGACUGAAAAUGAGCCAGACCCAAGCCUGGAAGUGGAGGAUGAUGAUGUGGAUGGGAAACUCAACUACAAGCCUCCACCUCAGAAGUCACUGCAAGAGCUGCAGGAGAUGGACAAAGAUGAUGAGAGUCUGGCUAAGUACAAGAAAACACUCCUGGGGGAUGGUCCUGUGGUGGCAGACCCAACAGCCCCUAAUGUCAUUGUCACCCGCCUUAGCCUGAUUUGUGAUAGUGCCCCAGGACCCAUCACCAUGGACCUCACUGGGGACCUUGAAGCUCUCAAAAAAGAAACAUUUGUGCUAAAAGAAGGAGCUGAAUAUAAAGUCAAAAUUAGCUUCAAAGUGAACAGGGAUAUUGUAUCGGGUCUAAAAUAUGUUCAGCAUACCUACCGUACUGGGAUGAAAGUGGAUAAGGCAACAUUUAUGGUUGGCAGCUAUGGGCCUCGGCCAGAAGAGUAUGAGUUCCUGACUCCAACUGAGGAAGCACCUAAGGGCAUGCUAGCCCGAGGCAGUUACCACAACAAGUCUUUCUUCACUGAUGAUGACAAGAACAACCACCUUACCUGGGAAUGGAAUCUGGCCAUUAAGAAAGAGUGGACAGAAUGAGUGUCUCUGCUCCUAUCUUUGCCUGGCCUUACCACUUGGAAGAAGAACCUUGUCAGUCAUGGUCACUGCCUGUUCCCUUCUCCCUGGUCACAGCUUCCCCCAUAGCUCCCCAAUAUUCCAUUACUGAUGAAUCUUCUCCCACAUUGUCUCUCAAAGUGGUGGCUAGCACAAGAUGUUUAAAAUCCAGCUUUACUCCUGCCCACUUCUCUGACUCCCCCAUCUUGGCAAGAUCUUCAAAAUUGACCUCAAUACAUAGAAUUUAGUAUUCCUCAUUAGAGCGGCUAGAUAAACAGGCAAAUUAUCACUAACAGUCCUUUCGUCAUGGGUUCCUGUAAUUCAUUCUCAUCCCUGGAUUCUUUUUCCAUUGCUGCUGACUCAAUGAAGGUCCCCAAUCACAUUCCCUGCCAGUUGGGGUUCUUCUUUUCUGGGAGCAUGAGAUAAUAAUAAAGCAGUUGCAUGAUCUGAUCAAAA